GGGGGUCACAUGAUCCACACAGAGCCAAGCUGAGCAAAUCCAAUAUGGUGGCCAGCUUGGCAGGUCUACGGUUCCUGUUGAUGGUGUUGCUGCUCUGCGGGAUCAGGUUCGGCGCCUGCAGCGAAGAAGCUCCAACGGUCGUAGGGCUGCGACUGGAAGACUCCACCGGCUCGGUGUGGAUGAAGGGUCGGACCAUCUAUGCGCCGCAAGCAGCCACGUUCAAGCUUCGUCUGUUUGGGGCUAAUCUGAAUGGAAGCUGGCCGAGGGUCGGCUUCGCUUUGGGGGCCGGGGCAGCCGCGGGGGCGCUGGGUGAUGCCCCCGACCCGUGCGAAGACGAGUCCCGCCGCAAGAAAUCCGCCUUUAAGGUAGCGGAGUACCUGGAGCAGGAUGAGCAGCACAGCAGGCUGCUGAGGGUGGAGGUGGAGGGUGGGAGCAUCCCCGAGGGUUUGCAUCACCUGUGUCUGCAGAGCCACGGCGGCUGGGAGUCCGUGGGCUCCGACAGACUGGAGGUCAGCCCGGGGUUCCCGGCGGACAUCCCGCCGUGGGCUCUGGCUCUGCUGGUGGUGCUGAUGCUGGUGGUGUGCGGGCUGCUGAGGACCGUGAACCUCAGCCUGCUGUGGCUGGACCCCGCAGAGCUCUAUGUUCUCCACAGCUGCGGAUCCGAGGAGGAGAAACGAGCCGCUAAGCGCCUGGAGCCGAUCAGGAGGAGAGGGAACUUCCUGACGUGCUCGCUGCUGUUCCUCUGCGUCCUGGGCCACUCCUUCCUGGCGGUGCUUCUCUACUGGGCGCUGGACUCCAUCUUCUCGGCGGCGUUUACCAGCGGCUUUCUGAUCUUCUUCCUGGCUGAGCUGGCUCCUCACAUCCUGUGCUCCGGGUACGGCUUCCAGCUGGCGCCUGGACUCACCUGGCUGGCCCAGGUCUGCAUGGUGCUCACCUGUCCCCUGUCCUGCCCUCUGGGGCUCAUCCUGGACCUGGGCCUGGGGAGAGACAUCAGCACCUGUGGGAUACGAGAGAGGGCUAUGGAGAUGAUCCGUGCCAGCGUCAACGAUCCCUACAGUGAGUUUGUGAAGGAGGAGUUCAGCCGCGGGAUGCUGCGUACCAAGACGGUGGAGGACAUCCUGACCCCUCUGAAGGACUGCUUCAUGCUGCCCAGCUCGGCCGUCCUCGACUUCUCCACCAUGUCGGAGAUCAUGCAGAGCGGAUACACCCGGGUGCCCAUUUAUGAGGAGGAGAGGUCCAACAUCGUGGAAAUCCUUUAUGUGAAAGAUUUGGCGCUGGUGGACCCGGAGGACUGCACCCCCAUGACGACCAUCACCAAGUUCUACAAUCACCCGCUGCAUUUCGUCUUUAACGACACCAAGCUGGACGCCAUGCUGGAGGAGUUCAAGAAAGGUAACUCUCACAUGGCCAUCGUCCAGAAGGUGAACAACGAGGGGGAGGGGGACCCUUUCUACGAGGUUCUGGGACUGGUCACCUUAGAGGACGUCAUCGAGGAGGUCAUCAAGUCAGAGAUCCUGGACGAGUCUGACGGCUACUUGGACAGGAAGGUGAAGCGUCCGAUGCCUCCUCUGGAGAUCCCUCUGGAGCCCCGCGGCGCACACGAGGAGUUUUCCCUUUUCAAGCCUCCAGAGGGAGAACCCAAGAUCCGCACGUCGCCGCAGCUCCUGCUGGCCACGCACCGCUUCCUGUCUAGAGAAGUAGAGCACUUCAGUCCAGCUCGAGUCUCAGAGAAGGUGCUGUUCCACCUGCUCCGCCACCCCAGCGUCAACCAGGAGGUCCCCUUCGACCACAGCAACCGGCUGAGCCCCAGCCACUACCUGUACACCCGCAACCACCCGGUGGACUACUUCAUCCUCCUGCUGCAGGGCCGCGUCGAGGUGGAAAUUGGCAAAGAGGGGCUUAAGUUUGAGAAUGGGGCCUUUACUUACUACGGCGUGUCUGCUCUGACGCUGCCCUCUUCAGUUCAUCAGUCUCCGGUGUCGAGCCAGCGGCACUCUCCCAGGGAUCCCUUUGAGUCGACGGACGCCACCAGCCCCUCCAGCUACUGUCCAGACUACACGGUGCGAGCGCUCACUGACCUGCAGCUCAUACGGGUGACUCGUCUGCAGUACCUGAACGCUCUGAUGGCGUCGCGGUCGGGCCAGAGUCCAGAUCCUCCAGAGAUCAAGAUCCUGCCCAACAGUCAGACGAAGCUGCUCAAUGACAGAAACACCACGCCAGAGUUCCCCGUAAACUUUUCAUUCUUUGAUACCAUUGAGAACUACUGUUAGAGGGUUUUAUGCAUGAGGUAAAUCCAGGCCAGCCUAGACGCUGACUGUCCAGCUCCAACGCUGACACCUUUACCUGCUCAUAACACCCGUCCCCGACGAGCUUUUCUUUAUUCAUCUUAGGAUGUUUGUGGAUGUCUGAAGGCUUUUUUUUACCCCCUGAACUGUAUUUUUACCUUUUCUUUAUAUCAACCGUUCUCUUUGCUGUCCUCCUCCUGCUACUGUUGAUAUUUUGCUUCAUGCUGUUCAGCCUUUGUUUCCACAAAACAAAGAUGUGACGGUAAUGCAUUGUCUUAACAAAAAAAAAAGUCCACAGAAGGUGAUGCCCUGGUUCUCUGGUGUCCAUAUUGGAGGCGUCAGCAGGUCUGUAGGGUGGGUGGCAUUGUGGGAUUGACUAACAGGCACAGUCUGUAUGAGUUCCGCCAUCGAGGCUUCUACUGAUCUGAUUAGUCAUAGGUUACUGAUAAAUAAUAAUCAUUUUGUAUCGAUGCAACAGCCGACGAUCCGAUGCAUCGACACGUCCGCAAGAGCAUCCAUUCAUGUUUUUUUAUCCUCCAGUCUAUUUUUAUCCAUUUGCUCCUGGACGUAAUUCUGACAUAUUUCGCCCUACCUCUCUUCCUUUAGCCGCUACCAUCUUUCCG